AUGAUUCCAACAAAUGCAGACAGUAUAGCAACACCAGGAGUUCAUAUUGUCUUUCAUUAUGACGGCAAAGAUCGAACAGAAGUGCCAGAUGAUGCAACUCAUGUCAUUGUCAAGUCUACCUUGGUGGCCAAUUCAAAUCCAGAUCAUCCAGCAAGACUGGUCAUGGAUGCCUUUGUGGAAUGCCCCAAUUUACAGUCGGUAGUAUUGCCCGAAGGCCUACGCCAAAUUGGGCAGAAUGCUUUCUACAAUUGUCCUGUACUGAAAACGAUUCACCUUCCAUCAUCAUUGGAAGAGAUUCACGACAAUGCCUUUUCAUUCUGUUUUCAGCUGACUAAUCUUUGGUUCACAUCAUCUCUUCAAAUGAUUGGAGAAAAUGCCUUUUUUGAGUGUUCCAAACUCAAAUCGUUGGAUCUCUCGGCUUGUGUCCAAUUGCGAGUGAUUGCCGAAUGUGCCUUUCAACGCUGUAUUCGAAUGGCCAUUGCAUUUCUACCAGAAGGCUUGCAGAGAAUUGGAAAGCAAGCCUUUUCGUCCUGUAUUGCGCUCCAAAAGAUCAUCCUACCCGAUACUGUGGAAUCGGUUGGGGAACAAGCCUUUGCGGAUUGUUCCUGUCUUUCACAUUUAUUGCUAUCACAGUCUAUGGACUCGAUUAAGGAAGCUACCUUUUGUGGUUGUGACGCUUUGACCAAAGUCAUCAUUCCACGAAAUGUCAGCAUUAUUGAAAUGGAUGCCUUUGCGCAUUGUGACCAAUUGGAACGAGUCAAGUUUGUGGAAGGCAACAAGCUCACUAUUCUAGGGGAAUCUGCCUUUGUGUCUUGUCAAUCGCUACGGCAUAUUUGCGCACCAUCCAAUCUACGUCAAAUUGGAAGUUUUUGCUUUGCCAAUUGCAACAAUCUAGUAUCGGUGGAAUUGCCACGGUGUCUAGAACAAGUGGGGGAAGAGGCCUUUUCGCACUGUUCAACGUUGAGAAAUAUUUACUUUUCUACUUCUUCCGUCCACUUUGAAGGGCCUUGUCUAAACCAUUGCACGCUACUCGAGGAAAAAUGUCCAGACGAGGUGGGUCGUUUUCUCUUUGGAGACCGGUUUCAGGGAUUGCCAAUGCACAAGAUGGCCUACCUUGCAGCGCAUGAAAAUCAUGAUUCCCUUGUUCAGAUGGGUGGUGGUAGCGCACUAUUCUUGGAAAACGAAGAAUCUAGUGUGGACAUACUGGGAAUGACACCAUUUCACAUCCUGGCGCUUUCCGAACGGCCCAAUCAAGCAGUAUUUGAAUACAUUUUGCAAACACUCCCCAAUUCGUCUUUAAUUAUUUGCGAAAAGGACGAUUUCGGUUACACUCCGAUGGAACUUUUGUGUUCUCAUCCUUACUUUGAUGAAUCCAAGGCAAAGGUUCUGUUGAAUCAUUGCAUCGAAAUCACGGUCAUGGAACGCAUUCGAUGGUUAGGUUUGCCAGCUUGGCGAAUGCUUCUCUUUCUUCACAUUGACGAUUUAUUUGAUGGCCAGCAGCAGCAAGGAAUGCAACGAAGGCUGGGAGACGAAUCGGGGCAAGUCAAUUCUUCUAUUAGAGUGUGCAAGUUGCAUCGAUUAUUCGAAGCGCUAUCUAAGUAUGAAUUGCUCGAAUCUACUUCCCUGUUGGAAAUGGCGUUGUGGAAAAUGCAUUUGGAACAACUGCAGCCUUCUCCUGGUGAUACUCCAACUGUAUCCGUGGAAGCGUCUGGUACAAUGCCUGCCAUGUCGUUUCUACGGCUAACAAGUCGGAUUCAAUGCAAGGCAGAUAUUGUGUUGCCGAACAUAUUACUGUUUCUUGUCAAAAACACGGGACUGUGA